AUGUUGUUACAGUAUCGUUUCCAUCGAUUGCCUAUCAUUGAUACAAUACACGGGAAUGCUCUACACAUACUUACACAUAAACGUAUAUUAAAGUAUAUACAUCUAAAUAGACAUAAUUUGCCUGUAGCAAAAUUUAUGUAUAAAAGUUUAAAAGAACUUAAAUUGGGAACCUAUUUACCAGAUGUUCUUGUGAUUGAUAAAAAUACGUCAAUUAUUGAAGCAUUAAGAUUAUUUUUGAAAAAUCAAGUUUCAUGUUUACCAAUUAUUGAUGAAAAUGGUCAACUUGUAGAAUUGUAUGCUAAAUUUGACGUUAUUAAUUUAGCCAUUACACGAACAUACAAUAAUCUGGAUAUUUCUGUUUAUGAUGCACUGGAAUUUCGUCGAUUAAACAGAAAUCGUUAUCCGGCGCCUCUUACAUGUUUAAAAACAGAUGAACUACAGGCUGUUAUGGUGAAAAUUAUUGAGACCGGUGUUCAUCGCCUUGUUGUCAUUGAUGAAAAUAGAAAGGUGGAAGGGAUUAUAUCACUAUCAGAUAUCCUAAAAUUUCUCACUGGUUGGCAAGACGUUGGUCAAAGAUCUCCAUCUAAAUCGGAAUUUCUUCGAAUGAGGAAAUUUGUCACCAAUCCAUUACGUAAUUCACACUCAUAACAAUGUCACUAUAUUCAGCUAUGCAUUUCUUAUGAUUUAAUCCCUUGGCUACGGUGAAGAUUACUUAAUCAGAUUAAUUGUGA